AUGGACACAACUUGUGCCGCCUUUUACACCGUGAAGAAGAUGGACAAUGCCACAAAAACAUGGUCAAUUCCUCAAGAAAUAAUCUUUGAAAUAUUUUCGAAUCUUCCAGUAAAGCCUUUAAUGCGUUUCAGGUGUGUUUCAAAAUCAUGUAAUUCUCUUAUUGCAUCAAAUUCAAUUUUUCAUGAUAUCCAUCAAUGUCGCUCUAUGACUCGUCCUGGUGGAACCACAUUCCUUGUUCAUGAACGCAAAGCUUUUUACACCAUAGAGCAAAAAGAAGAAGAUGGGAAAGCCUCACUUCUCCGUAUUGAGCAAUUUGAUAAGCUAUACUAUUAUGGGUGCCGCAUAAUGUGCGUUGAUGGUUUAUUUUGCAUAUGGAAUCGUAACGCGUAUGAGCAACCAUCAGUUGCAAUUUUCAAUCCCAGCAAAAAAGAAGUAAGAAUUCUUCCUAAACUGAAAGAUCACACUGUUGAUUUGGAUGACCUUUUCCCUAUAUACUUCGUUUCAUUAGGUUUUGACCCAGAAGAAAAGAAGUAUAUGCUUUUGAUGACAGUUAAUAUUGAAGCAAUGUCCACAAGAAAUUGGAUUUUCACUUUAGGGAUAGAUGAAUCAUGGAGAGAGGCUAAAAAGUUCGCAAUUGCGAGGCCUGUCAGUGUGGCAAUUGCGAGUAACUCAUCGCAAUUGCGAAGAGUAUCUGGGCCAACAGUCUUCGCAUUUGCGAAGAACCCUUCGCAAUUGCGAAGUAAAAGCUGGGAGGGGACUGGUCGCAAAUGCGAUCUUUUAGCCGCAUUUGCUGAGGGCGAGUUUCGCAAUUGCGAACUUCCUUCGCAUUUGUGA